CAGACAUGUUCGGCGAUAAAUCAUAGGUUUACGGUAACCUUUCCAGAGAAAACAUUGACUUUUCGAAUUCUCAUAUCACAAGUAAAAUAUUUUCCAACGGAGAGAUAAUAUUAAUUUUGAUUGAAGCCUGACUUGACGAAUACUAUGAUAGAGAACAACGGUGCAGUUCUAGGCGGCCACGACAUGGAGGAUAAAUCAUCGUGUAUGAUGGCCUCAGCCUCCCACCUGAUGCCCACACCCCCGGGGAUGUACGGAGCCAUGCCGCCCCACAGCAUGGCCGAGGACGACCAGGCCAACAGAAACCUAAAGUCUGACCACAGCGACUCGGACAUCCCGGACGACGUCAACUCCCCGGAGUCGGACAUGGACGAGUAUGACAUGAAAUACUCCGGAACCUCCACGCUUUCUCAGCAGAAGAGGAGAUUUGCCGAUGUCAAACCGCCGUAUUCCUACAUCGCUCUAAUUACAAUGUCCAUUGAAAGUUCAACCUCUGGAAUGAUGACGCUCAAUGAGAUCUACGCUUUUAUCAUGAACCGUUUUCCUUACUUCAAAGACAACCAACAGCGGUGGCAGAACUCCAUUCGUCACAACCUUUCCUUGAAUGACUGUUUUGUGAAAAUUCCAAGAGCUCCAGGUCGACCAGGGAAAGGAAAUUACUGGGCCCUCCACCCCGGCUGUGGUGACAUGUUUGGCAAUGGAAGCUUUCUCAGACGAGCAAAGAGAUUCAAGAUUCAGCGUCAAAAGCGCGAGGACCCGGCUCAUGUUCAACAUGUGAACUCUUACGGACACUUCAGUCUCUAUGGCUCUCCCUCCGGUUAUAAGCCCUACCCUCCGUUCAACUCCAUGGCUCUGUCUGCGUUUUCUCAGGGAUUGCCACAACCACAGCAAUACGGCUUGCCGUCCAAACCUGACUCGUGGAAUACCUCUGCCCCCGGUGGAUACAACCCUUACUACAACACGCCAGGUAUGAACAUGAACAUGAACUCCACGCUAGGGUCGUCUCUGGGAUCGUCCCUCGGUGGAUCCUACCUCCCUGCCUCCCAGGUUCCGUCCGUCCCUCCGUCCACGGGCUCCCUAGCGGGCUACUCCUCCCUGCCCCCACCCUCCACCUACUGUGGAUCGCAGUACACGGGUCUCCAGCGACUCCAGACCGCCCAGUGAUUUUCGUCUCGAAACAUUCAUUUGUGAUACUUUGUGAUAUCCAUAUAGUCAUUUCAAUGGAGAAUGUUGUCUCAAACACUCAGAUUUAUUUUCGGUGAAUAUAUUGAAUGGUCUUUUUGUGUGUAUUUUAGUGCUACAUGUAUGUUAAUUAAUUCAUUUGUUAAAAAAAAUAUUUGUAAAUAUCAAAAUGUACAUAGCUAGAACAAUGUGCACAGAUAUACGCAAUCUGUUGUUAUAUACUGAUGUAAAUAUGGUAUGUGUAUGAGUGUGUAUGCUUGUUUGUGUGUAAAAAGCUGAAAUGGAGACCGAGAAUCUCAAGAAUAGUGCAAUAAAAAUAGAUUUUUGCAGAAAUAAAUCAACAAAAAACUAUAA